AGGGCGCCGGCGUCGUGGUGCUUGGGCGGUCGCCACCGAAGGGACUUUGGCGGGGCAGCCUCGGGGGCAGCCGCGGUUCCGCUGCGCUCGUCUCCGGCCUCGCUCCCAGUCCGCGCCUCGCGGCUCGCGGGCCGCACCGUAGGGCGCGCGUGCGGGUCGGCGCCGCGGCCGCCCCGGGGCCUGGGCCCAGCCGCCGCCUCCUCCACCGCCGCCGGCUCCGAGGGGCCGCGCGAUGCAGCCGCCGGGCCCGCCCCCGGCCUACUCCCCCACCAACGGGGACUUCACCUUCGUCUCCUCAGCAGACGCCGAAGAUCUCAGUGGUUCCAUAGCAUCCCCAGAUGUCAAAUUAAACCUUGGUGGAGAUUUUAUCAAAGAAUCUACAGCUACUACAUUUCUGAGACAAAGAGGAUAUGGCUGGCUUUUGGAAGUCGAAGAUGAUGAUCCUGAAGAUAACAAGCCACUCUUGGAGGAAUUGGAUAUCGAUCUAAAGGACAUUUACUACAAAAUUCGAUGUGUUUUGAUGCCAAUGCCAUCGCUUGGUUUUAAUAGACAAGUGGUGAGAGACAAUCCUGACUUUUGGGGUCCUUUGGCUGUUGUUCUUUUCUUUUCGAUGAUAUCAUUAUAUGGACAGUUUAGGGUGGUUUCAUGGAUUAUAACCAUUUGGAUAUUUGGUUCACUAACAAUUUUCUUACUGGCCAGAGUUCUUGGUGGAGAAGUUGCCUAUGGCCAAGUUCUUGGAGUUAUAGGAUAUUCACUACUUCCUCUCAUUGUAAUAGCCCCUAUACUUUUGGUGGUUGGAUCGUUUGAAGUGGUGUCUACACUUAUAAAACUGUUUGGUGUGUUUUGGGCUGCCUACAGUGCUGCUUCAUUGUUAGUGGGUGAAGAAUUCAAGACCAAAAAGCCUCUCCUGAUUUAUCCAAUCUUUUUAUUAUACAUUUAUUUUUUGUCCUUGUAUACUGGGGUGUGAUCUAAGUCAUAUGUGAGUAGAAAAAGACAACGUUAUAUUUGUGUGUAGCCUGGGAAUUCUUGCUGAGGGGAUUGAAGAAAACCUGUUGUUGGUAAAAUUUUACGUGUUCCAGAUGUAAAGGAAGGGUUAAGGUCUUUUUAAAACAAUAUUUUUUGUAUUUAAGCAAUUGUAGUUACCUGGAUUUUUUUUGGUCAGAAUUCUAAAUUCUGUUUGAUUCUUCAUAUUCCAGUGAAUAAAAUAUAAAAGCAUUGUGUUUUUUAA